AUGUUUUGUUCCGCUUCUUCUUCUUUGUCUUCUUCUUUGUCUUCAUCCUCUUCUUCGGUGAUUUUGUUUUCGUUGGGAAAAAAUCACGACGGGAGGACGAAUCCGACGCACAUUCACGAGAGAACGCGAGAGGAGAAGAAGAUUUCCUCCUCCUCUUGGAAGAAACGGAGGAGGAGGAAAAAGAGGAACACGAAUGCGAAAAACAACGUGAUAGUUGACGACGAUGUGAACGUGGAAUUGCAAGACGGGGUGAUUGGAGCGAGAGACGCGCGAUUGUACGCGCAAACAAAGAGAAUGGAAGAUUUGGAAACGACAUUGGUUAAGAAAAACGUCGAAGAAGACAAAGAAGAGAACAAAGAGGGAAAGAGCAGAGAUUUUUUACACGAGUCUCUCGGGAUUACCUAUCGCUUGGUCGAGAAAGGAAAACAACAAGAUUUGGAGUGCGAUUUAGACGCUCUGAACGAUAUAUUCGUCUCGGUGAAUUUCAGUCGACGACCGAACGAUAAGCUGUACUUGGCGUUGGAGAAGAGUUAUCUGUGUUGCUUCGCGGAGGUGGACGUGGAAUACGAGACGCGAGCUUUGGAUGUAAACAAUAACUCGGUGGAGUCGACUAGCGUGGAAACGAGGAGAGAGGUUAUUGGUUUCGCGAGAAUGACCAGCGACGCCGCGUUUGUGGGGACGGUUUGGGAUUUAGUUGUCGCACCGCCGUACCAAGGGAAAGGGAUUGGGACCGCUAUCGUCGAGAGGAUGAUUGCAAAGGCGAAAGAAACCGCUCCCGGGAUGGUUGUGAAUCUCUGCGCGGUCGCCGAGGCUGAAAAUAUGUACAAAAGAAUUGGGUUUCGGAAAAACGAAGAGGAAGUCAUCGCCAUGCAAUUUAAUCCAGCGUUGCAGGCGAUGAAUCGGUUUCAGUCGGUUAACUUUAGCAUUCAAUAA